AUGCCAUCGUAUGUUGAAAUGAUAAACUUCUUGCAGAAUCAUGCUCGGGUGCUCCAAUCACUCGCACCGCAAAUUGAGCCACGUGAUACAUCCCGCCCUGUUGAAUCGAAGAAUAAAUCGAAACCAAUCACCUAUCAUGUAGUUGAGUCUAACCUCUUCGCCUCUCGCAAGUGUCAGCAUUGUAGUCAAGAUCACUUCCGCGGAAAUUGCGGACAAUUUCGCAAACUAACUCCACGUGGACGUUUAGAAUUUGCAAAGUCAAUUCGAUUGUGUCUAAACUGUCUAAAAACGGCAUCCCAUAGUUGCAAGGUGUGUCCGUCAUCAAAUUGUCGUGAAUGUAAUCGCAAGCACCACACACUUCUACAUUUGCCACCUCUCGAGCGACCACAUCCGUUGUCUCAGUCGUCGACUUACGUCAGUCAACAGCAUCAACAAUCAGCGUCGUCAUCUCAAGAACUAUCUCCAAACCACCUUGCCAUUCCUGAUCCUCGAACGUCAUCACUUUCUCCUCCGAUGAGAUCAUCGUUAACUGAUCCCAACUCGUUUCGAUCUGCGCACUUUGCAAACCCUGCGUCCAGUGACGAACUAACAAACAACCCACCUGAGACACUCGCAACUCAAUAUUGUACCAACAUGGAUAUUGUGUUCCUAUGGACAGCGCUGGUCAUCUUCGAAGAUAAAAAUGGAAAUCCAUUUCCCGCUCGUAUCCUGCUGGAUUGUGGCUCACAGUGCAGUUUUAUGAGCGAAUCGUUACGUCGUCAACUGAAACUCGAUACUACCAUCUCGCCGAUGAAUGUAGCUGGAAUUGGUUCCAGUAUCACUAAGGUUGAACAUUCUGUAGUUACUGUCAUCUCAUCACGAACCUGUGCUUCGUAUCGGAAGAAAAUGUCGUUCUUCGUUCUGCCGUCGAUCUCUAGUGUAAUGCCAUCUCGUGUCGUCGAUUGUUCUCAGUGGAAUCUUCCCACCCACGCAACACUAGCGGAUCCUACAUUUAACAUGCCAGGUCCUAUUGAUGCUAUCCUCGGCAAUGAAAUCUUCUCCGAAAUACUACGAUACGGUAGAAUAGUAGUCGGAAACGCAUACCCAACUUUACAAAAAACUGUAUUUGGAUGGGUUGUGUCGGGGAAAUGCGAAGAGAAUAUUGACUCCGUUCCUCAUCAUACAUAUCAUAUCAGUCGUCUCGAUAAUAUCGACAAUUUAGUGAAAAAAUUCUGGGAAAUUGAAUCUUGCUCAACGGAAAACGCUUGGUCGCCAUCAGAGCAGCAAUGUGAAACACAUUUCAAAAAUAAUUUCUCGCGUGACUCUAAAGGAAAAUAUGUUGUGAAACUUCCAAAAAGAAACGAUUUAUUACCACAACUGACUGAUAACAAAUUCAAUGCUCGGCGUCGCUUUCUAGCACUAGAGCGGAAAUUUGAUUCAAAUUCUGAAAUGAAACAACUAUAUCGUGAAUUUAUUCAUGAAUAUGUCAACCUUGGGCAUAUGAGGGAAAUUUCCCCCGAAGAAAUCGAUGAUUCACCUCAAUAUUUCUUGCCGCACCAUGCAAUAUUACGCCCGGAAAGCUCUACGACAAAAUUGCGGACGGUAUUCGAUGCGUCCUGCAAAUCUCAGUCAGGUGUUUCACUAAACGACGUUCUUCUUGCGGGACCUACUAUCCAGAAUACACUGAUUGCGCUUGUCAUGCGCUUUCGUAUGCACGCCUAUGUCAUAAGCGCGGACAUAGAAAAAAUGUACCGCCAAAUUUGGGUACACUACACAGAUCAGCCUCUGCAGAGGAUUUAUUGGCGGGAUGACAAAGAAUCUCCGUUGAAAAUGUUCCAGCUUCAAACAGUAACAUAUGGAACAAACAGUGCUCCGUUUCUCGCAACUCGGGUGCUACAGCAGCUCGCCGAAGAUGAAGCUGAAAACUAUCCUUUAGCUGCUCCUGUAGUUCGAACGAGUUUCUAUAUGGAUGACUUGUUAUUCGGCUGCAACAACAUUGAUACGCUGAAGAGUACAUGCACACAAAUCGUCGCUAUGCUGCAUUCGGCAGGGUUCACGCUACGCAAAUUUUCAUCUAACUCGCAAAAUGUUCUCGAAAUAUUCCCUGAGCAACUAAGGGAAACAAGAACCCUUCUCGAUCUCGACGCUGACCAAACAGUUAAAACGCUGGGUCUGUUGUGGGAACCUUAUACAGAUGUUCUCAGUUAUAAAAUAUCAACUUGGUCUCCAGUUAGUAGAUACACCAAAAGAAUUAUCGUGUCACCAAUGUCAAGUCUGUUCGACCCACCAAAGCAUCGACCACUGGCAAAGAUGAUUGUUCAAACAUUAUGGAAGCAAGAUUAUCCAUGGGACUAUUGUUUACCGCCUACUGUCCAGCAAAUGUGGCUAGAUUAUCAGCAGCAUAUUGCCUUCCUCAAGGAUCUCCGUAUUCCUCGUUUCAUCUCAUCGCUGAAUAGUUUCGACAACAUCGAGCUGCAUGGUUUCAGCGACGCCUCCGAAAGAGCAUAUGGAGCUUGUAUAUACAUGCGAUCCAUCGCUGAAAACGGUUCUUGUGUGGUUCAUUUGAUUGCGGCCAAAUCUCGUAUCGCUCCUCUUGAAAUAAGGCGAAAAACAAUUAGCACCUCAAACGAGCUGCCACCGAGAGUGGCCGCCGCCGUGGGUGAGUGGGCCGUACGAUUUACAACGCCCCGGUCGAUCGCAAUCAUCACAUCGGAUUAA